GGAAUCGAACCUAGAUCUCCUGGAUCCUAGAUCAAUGCCCAACUUCUCAGCCAUGCCGGCUGGGCAAGACUUUUCUUAAGCAGUAUGGCCUGCUUGAGAGUUUAAACUCUGGAUUGGAUUGCCUAGGCUUAAAUCUCAGCUCCAUCAUUUGCUUGUGUUACCUUAGACAAUUUACUUAACUCUUUUAUCGAUCAGUUUUAUCAUAUAUAAAAUGAGGCUACAGUAGUAUCUGUUGUGGGCAUGAAAGGAAGUAAUACAUUUAGAGCACUUAAAACAGUACCUAACAUGUUCUGAAAUGUCGGCUGUUAAUAUUAUUGUAUCUCUUCUCUGUGCACCUCUUUCAGCUCAUUGCUAUGGACAGUGCUAUCACCCUGUGGCAGUUCCUUCUCCAGCUCCUCCAGGAGCCUCAGAACAAGCACAUGAUCUGCUGGACCUCUGACAAUGGGGAGUUCAAGCUUUUGCAGGCAGAAGAGGUGGCUCGGCUCUGGGGAAUUCGAAAGAACAAGCCCAAUAUGAAUUAUGACAAACUUAGCCGAGCCCUCAGAUACUAUUAUGUGAAGAAUAUCAUAAAAAAAGUGAACGGUCAGAAGUUUGUGUACAAGUUCGUCUCUUACCCGGAGAUCCUGAGCAUGGAUCCGAUGAAGGUGGGCAGGACCGAAGGCGACUGUGAAUCAGCCUCGCGCUUCUGCGAAGCGGCCCGCAGCUCCGGGGCGGUGGCGGACACGGGCAGGGACAGGGCGCCUCCGCCCGGCGCCAGGGCCUCGAGCCGCAAUGACUACAUCCACUCGGGCCUGUACUCCUCCUUCACGCUCAACUCUUUGAACUCCUCCAAGAGGAAGCUUCUCAGAUCCAUCAAGAUUGAGAAUCCAGCUGAGAAACUGGCAGAGAAGAGGGCUCAGGAGCCAACACCAUCUGUCAUUAAGUUUGUAACGACACCUUCCAAAAGGCCACCGGUUGAACCCGGUGCUGCCGCCGUUUCCCCUGGCUCAGGUAUUUCUCCGUCUUCGGAAGAAACUAUCCAAGCCUUGGAGACUUUGGCUUCCCCCAAACUGCCUUCCUUGGAAGCCCCAGCCUCUGCCUCCAGUGUCGCCGCUGCGUUUACCGCCCCACCUGUCUCGGCCGUGUCCCCUUCGUUUCAGGAGCCUCCUCGAACGCCUUCGCCACCGCUGAGUUCCAACCCCGACAUCGACACAGACAUCGAGUCUGUGGUUUCGCAGCCCAUGGACCUGCCAGAGAACCUGUCGCUGGAGCCCAAAGACCAGGACUCAGCUCUGCCGGAGAAGGACAGAGCAAGUAGCUCAUCAAGGUCCAGGAAACCCAAGGGGCUGGAGCUGGCGCCCAUCCUCGUGAUCACAGGCAGCGACCCGAGCCCGCUGGGGAUACUGAGCCCCUCGCUCCCUACAGCGUCCCUCACGCCAGCCCUUUUCUCACAGACGCCCAUCUUGCUGACUCCGAGCCCCCUGCUCUCCAGUAUCCACUUCUGGAGCACCCUCAGCCCUGUUGCUCCCCUCAGUCCAGCCAGACUGCAAGGUGCUAACACACUUUUCCAGUUUCCUUCCGUUCUGAACAGCCAUGGGCCGUUCACUCUGCCUGGCCUGGACGGACCUUCCACCCCUGGCCCGUUUUCCCCAGACCUACAGAAGACAUAACCUGUGCACUUGCAGAGUGAGGGAGCCAAGGGAUAAAGGGACAGAGACCCUCAGCAUGGUCGCGUCAGUGAGCGAUGGAUAGUUCCACAGUGCUGAUAACACACCGCUGUGGGGUUUGCCAUUCCCCGGAGAUGCCUUCUUAGGACUCCCUUCCAGGAAGACUCAAAUUGGACUGUGUUGAAAAAUGCCUUCAUUGGAGUCUGAACUCCGCCUCCCUCUCUUUCUUUUCUUUUCUUUUUCUAAAAACUAUUUUGAGCUUUGUGUUAAAGAAAUUUUUGGUGGGGUUUAGCAGCUAGCUAUGUUUUGCAAGAGCAAUUAAGAACAAAGUUAUUCCUUCUGCCUUAUUGGGACCCUUUGGCCAGAAAAAUAUUAUGCUUUGAGUAUAUUAUUUAGAGAAAUCUCAGUUCAGUGGAAUUGGCCAUAUCUCUAAGACUCAGUGUGCUUUGUUGAAUAACUAAAAGUGAGCUGUGCAUAAGCAGUAGAGGAAAAAAUCAUUUCUAUUCACAGGAAGAUUGGGGCAGUACUAUUGGGGUGACUCUAUUUGCUGUGUACGCUAGCAUGUGUAAAGCAACUCCGCAAGAGGCUCCUUAUUUACAUUUAUUUAGAAUGGGUCUCUCAGCCCAUGUGGGAUCGUGUCUGAACCUGUCUACCGAGCAUGGAGCUAGUCUGUUUCAAUAUAGGGAGAUUUUUAAACCUGGGGUUUAAACAGUGUUUGGAGAGAACAGCCAGCGAGAAUCUGAGACUGCAUACCUGGCCCGGAGAUGUUGGCUGCCCUCUGGGUGUUACGAUUACGCACCCAUGGGGUACAGCAUGGUAAAUGAUGGCUUUCAGGAGAAUAAGCCCAGGUUUUGAGAUUGGGAGGCAUCUCUGAGUAACAGAUCCAAUCGAGUAACUUGAAACAGCGUGGGGCUUUUCCUGGUUAGAGGCGGCUACCCAGUGUGAAGGACCCUUUCUCUUUCCUGUGCAUUUUACCUCAUUUUCUACUGUAUAUUUAUCUUUUAAAUUUUAGGUUGGGAGAGGUUGUGGUAGUUGUGAAGAUGUAAUUAGGAAGGUGAAACCAGAAGCGAAGCCUCCAAAGCUGUAGUGAGGUAAAGUUGUGCUUAUCUUGUUGCAUUUUUCUUUUUAAAUUAGGGAGGAGCAGAAUUCAUUUGGAAAUGAUCAGGUAGAGGAAUUAGAUUGUUCAUACUAGUGGUGAAACAUUUAGGCCUUUGUCUUUACAGUACCAAAUUUGUAAAGUAUUACUUUAUGGUAAUCAAUGCCAGGUGGGGACAGCUUUGCUCAUCCCCCCAAACUGAAUUGAUACCAGCAUCUCGGUGGAAUCUUUUGAAAUUCUUGGCUUUAAAGUCCAGGAUUAGAUAGUACAUGUGGCCACCCCUACCACCACUCUGUCCAUUAAACUAGUCUUUAACCCUAGAAGUAGUUCCUGUAAUUCAGUCACAUGAACUAAAUGGAAUGAGGGAAUGAAGAAUUGUGGGCUCAAAAUCACACUGAUACAAUCCAGCAUCUUCCAGGUGUGUAAUGAUUUAACUGGGUUGACAUCCAGUGUGGAGCAGCUCGAGCGUAAGGCAGCUGAGCUAAUUCAGUAGUGGUGGAGGGACAAUCUUCAGAGGGGGCUGCCGUUUAAUUUGUGGCAUUGGGGACCUGUGACUGCUUCAUCCAUGGCUCUCAGCUGGAAGGUCUGUUCCAGAGACGUGCAAUAGUAGUGUUGAGAGGCAGUAGUGUUCAGCAGUGAUGCGGAACAGACUUACUGGACUUUUUCCCAUAUUGAAUCUUUUAGUUCAUGUGUCUGUUUGAAAUUAGACCUCUCAGCAGCACUUUGGAAUAGUUUCAUUAGGUCAAUGAACAUUUUGUACAUUGAAUAAGUAAAUAUUGAUGGAUUGACUUAAUUAGAUAUUUAAAAUUUUGAAAGCACAAAGACUAUUUUUUGGAAUUAAAGGAGAAAAGCCAUUGGUUUGUUUUCCCAGAUGAUCUCUUUAAUAAUUAACUGUCUCAGCACAGGAGUGCCUGGGAAGCAAGGGCACCAUUAAAACUGAGUCAAAGCAACUUCCUAGGAAUAAGUUUUAGUGAAUCCUCCCUUUGUAAACAUCUCCUGGAAGCCUCUGAGAGGUGUGGGCCUUUAGGAAGCUCAUGAUGAUCUGCUUUCUCUUUGAGAUCGAUGAAUCUGGGGAAGGUGUGUGUGUGUGUGUGUGUGUGUGUGUUUGUGUGUCCUUUUUAAAUGAAAGUUUACAACCUUAGCUCAAGUGUAUGAGGCAGACUGUUCUAUUUGUAAACUACCUCCUUCCUGGAAAAGUCUCAGCUUCAUAUUUUUUUGAACAUCCACAGAGUUCUUCGCAUCCAAAGGUGACUUACCACUUAAGACCAGAGCACUGGAGAGACUUACGUUUGGUAGCUGCAGCUGGUUUCCAUCACUAGUCACUUUGCCAGGAUGAAUGUUGGUGGGCAAAAGUAGCCUAAGUUAAGAUAGGGGGAGCAAGUUGAAUGAGUUUUUGAGACAUCUGCUGUGAUUAUCUUAGCUUUCCAUCUGCUCUGGUCCAUAUCUACUCAGUUGUAUGCUGGAAAAUGUUUAACUACCAGGCUCUCUGAAGGGGAAAAGAAGCCCUUACAUUGUAGCAUUUGCUGAUUUCCAUGAUGAGAAUUAGUCCCCAUAAUUCUGAUUUUAAGCUACCUCCUUGGAAUUGAAAAGGGAUGCGCACAGCCACACCCUCAGCCAGCAGCCCACUGCAUUUAGUCCACCCUGGGGUGAUGGAUUUUCACAUAAUUCCUAAAACAUUUUUUGUUCAUAUGCUGAUUUUUAAAAAAACAAAAUUAAAACCACAUGCCUGACUUCAGUAAUUUUUUUUAUGGUUUGUCACAGUGCUUUUGUGAUGUUAGAUUCCUCACGGCAUAUUUUGUGUGUUCAAACAAAGGUGGCAACUUCCACUGAUUUUAAAAAAUUUUUGCAUAAUGAAGAAUCCAGAAACCCUCAAAAGGUCAACCUUAAACUUCUUAGAGUUAAAAUAAAGGUUUAAUUUUUCUACUUUUUAUGAUUAAAAAAUAAGUGUAAUUCUUUUUCUUCAAAUUUUGAUGGGGGAAGUAAGCCCAUGAUUUUUUUAUUUUUUUUUAACUGGAAGAAUUUCUUAAAGAUUUACAUACUAUUUUAGAGAUCAAAAAGGCAGGACUGACUGUUGAAUCUAUUUACCUGGCACAAUUUCUAGUUUUCUCCAUAUUAUGUGUCACUUAGGCUUAGAGGAAAAUAAAUCAGAGGCUUGGAAUUCUGGAGCUAUAACUGCAGGCUGUUGAUAGUAUUACUUUAGUUCCAUUCACACCUGGCAUUGUAUGAUGUCCAGUCUAAUGACAUUGUUUCUUCCUGACCUCAGAAUUUGUGUUUUGAUUCUCAAGUUCUAAAAGGCAGUUUUGUAUGUUUCUAGUGAAUUGAAGCACACUAGAGACAUUCAUUGGCAUUUCAGAAAAGCAGUCUCCAAUCUUUUUGAGCACACACCUUGAUCAGUAAAAGUUUUUAAACACAAAUUCCCUAGUGCAAAUUCACACGUGUAUUUAUGUCAAGUUAUAUACCACUAUACUAAAGUUACAUGUACAUUAUAAGACAUACACAAAAAUUGAAAUAGGAUGGCGUAAGUAGUAAAUCUUGAGGCCCUGGCCAGUGGCUCAGGUGGUUGGAACUUUGUCCCAUCCACCAAAAGAUAGCAGGUUCAAUUUCCAGUCAGGGGACAUAGCCAGGUUGCAGGUUGGGGCGCAAAUGGGAGACAACGGAUGGUUCUCUCUCACUUCGGUGUUUUUCUUCCUCUCUCUCCCUUCCUCUCUCCAAAGUAAAAAAGAAAGUAAAUCUUGAGAAGCUCUAAUAUUCCUUCCUGCACCAGUAGCUUGUCUCACAACACAUCACUGACUCAGGAUAUUGCUUCUCAGCCUAAUCUUGAAAAAAACUGUAGAUGCUUUUGUUGUGAUGUAUGGAGAAAUCCUUACAUAUUUAAUCUGAUUUUCAUGUAAAAUCUCUAGUAGGGACUUGGAAUUUUUCAGGAGAGCUUGUCAGCAACUUUCUGAAAUUUCACAUUAAUUUUUCAUAAGUUACCAAGUUACCCAUUACCGAAUGUUUCCCAGGGCUUCCUGCAUAUUAUUUUGGACAGCCUGUGAUCUCUGUUUUCUCUUCAUGUUAGGUAUGACUGUCUAAUGUACUUUUAUUUUACUACCCUGCUUACAGACUUCUUUGGUCUUAUUAGUGUUAAAUUUUACCAACAAAUUCAGAAUUAUUUUAAGUUGCUUUAUGUUAAAAUACAUAAUAACCUCCAUUUCACUGCUGCAUUAGUAAGGGUUUUUUUUCUUUUUAUUUGUAACAUUUCAGCAUCUGAAGAAAUGCUUUUCUUGAUGGGUCCGUUCUGUGUACCACUGCAUUUAUUUUAUUCAUCCAUGCCAGACCUCUAGUCUUGUGCUGAGCUGCCAUUCUUAGGUGUGUCAACAGGUGUGGAGACCAGUGCAGGUCUCUGUGCAGAAACCCGAAGCUCUGAGGAAUUACCAAACCAACAACGGGAAAGUUAAGAAGCCUCAGGAUCUAUGCAGUCUGAUACCUUAGGGUAUGUCAGAAUGUAUUCCUUCUAGAAAGGAGUUGAGUUAAUUGUUCAGUCCGUGGGAGUGAAGCGGAGUAAACCAUAGUCCCGUUUCUCCAGCAGGUGCUCUGGCCAGAGGAUGGGUUCCAUGGAAAACUCCCUUCUCGGUUUUGGGUCAGCAAGUGUUUCGUUACUGUCUUUUCAUGCUGCUGGCACGGCCUGAAGCAAGGUGCUCUGCUGUUCUCUUAGGUCAUCCAGCUUCUGCUUACUAAAGUCACUGUUUUGAUCUUAGAAUCUGGAAAUCUUGUGGGCGGUAGUGUAUUAAGCAAGAAAAGAGGGCGGUUUGACUUCAUUUCUCAUACUUGGUGGAACCUGUUAGUAGAAAAGUCAUGUUUUGGCCUGUAAGCAGAGCAGAUCUGAAAGGUGAGUAGUUUAAAUGUUCCAUCUGAGGCCGUCAGUUUCUUCAGGCUACUUUUUUGAAAGAAAAAAAAAAAAUCACAAGAGGUUGACAGCCUGUCAGGCAGAAUACAGCAGUGUCAUGGGUGUUGCCGUUCACACUUGGCCAUUGUGAGAGAGGGAACCCAGCGUGGCCCGAGUGCGAGGGGAAACGUUGGCUUUGAGCUUUCUACAGAAACCAGGAAAGUCAAGCUGUCGUUAACAUCAUUUAAAAUGCAGCCUUUAACAAGAAAAUUCAUGAGGGAUACAAUCAAGCACAGUAAAUCUCUUGAACUAUAGUCUUUUAAGUAUAAUAUACAUCAGGAAGUUUUGUGCAGUUUAAAAUUUAUUUUUAAAUAUAUAAUUAGGAGACGAGAGCAUUUCUUUCCGAGUAUUUUGAUUAUUGGCUGAGUACAUAUGUGUGUGUGUAUGUACCGAUGCAUUGACUGAGUGUGUGUGUGUGUGUGUGUGUGUGUAAGUAAAUCUGUUUUUCAGAGGAAACAUUUAUUAUUCAUCCUCUAGGAUGGCUCCUGGGCUAUUUUAUACGAAAACUUUUUUAAAAAUGGCGCACUUUGCAAUUGCCACUUUUAAAAAAAUUAAUGCCUUGCACAUUUCACUUUUUUAAAAUGCAUAGACUCAUAGGCCUUAAAGACUUAAUUGCUUGCCAGUAUUUUAGAACUACAGCACUAUAUGUGAUAUAUGUUAAAGUCAUAUUAAACUGUUCUCUUAAUUUCACGUAUUAAGCAAAUAAGGAUGUCCUUUCUUAAAAUUUCUACAUUUACUUUUGCUUUUGUGUAAAACCCUUAUUACAUUGGGUUCUAAGUUUCUCAGAGGGGAGGUUUAUACUAUAUUUCUGAAAUACCGAUUUGACCAUGGAUUGAUAGAAUAGUGGAGGAAUUCUGACAUUGUAGCUUAAUUUCUCCUCUUAAAUUGUACACAAUAAGUAUUAGAAACCUCAUAGUAUCUUGGGCUGAAUGUUCUCAAGUUUGCCUUGUUUUCCGUCUCAUAAAGGCCCAUUCUGGCUCUUGUCCCUUCUAAGGAUUAUGGGCCAUGCUAGGACAGGCCUGGGGUCUUCUGGAGUGUGGGGGUGUCCUGUGGCAGGGCCAGAGUUCUAGCCAAUGCAGUCAUUCAAGUAUGCCUAGAGUUCAAGGCUGGGAAUGCCAUAUAUUGGUAUUAAAUCACUUGGCACUUUUUUGGACAGCAUUAUUAGCACUGUUUUGUUUUUAAUAACUGGAAGCACUUAAUGAUUAUUUUGUUAGUCUAAUUUCAACUUACGGAUACUGAGGGCCAGGGAAGUAAAGUUUAUUUCUCAUUUAUGUUUUCUGGAACUUAAGACUGUUUGGAGAAGGGGUGAAUGGAUUACCUAAUGAGCCAUCCUUCUGCGCUCUGUAAGGUAUGCUGUUUUGGCUAGGAUGUUUUAAAUAAUUUACAAGCUUUUAAUAUUCUGCUUUGUUGAAAUGUAUGAUGUUUAAUGAUUUGCAAUUGUUAGGUUAUACUCAACUGUAAACUAUCCCAUUUUAAUUUUUUUUUUCUGUUUAAUUGUUUACUGUCUGUUACGUAGGGGACAGAGUUUCUUUGAAGACAUCCCAUAUUUUUUGUGCUGGAGGGCAGUAGUUCCUGUGGCCUUUGCAUGUACAUUAUAGUCACUGCUUAUGGGAUACAGUAGCGUAUUUGAUGGCCUUCCCUGCUCAGUAUCAGUGAAUUAAGAUGCAUACGUGUAAAGCUAGGAAUUCGUACAAUUCGUUUUUGAUGGCUGGAGGCCCGUUGAUUCACGUUAGCCGUUCCAUCCUGUCUAAUUAGGGUCAUAUGUGUUUUCACUUUUUUUUUUUAAAUAUAUCUUUAUUGAUUUCAGAGAGAGAAAAGGAGAGGGAG